AUGGCGGCCGAAGCCAACAAUAUAGACCUAGAAGAGACCACCGACGAAUCCAACGAGAUAGACCUAGAAGAGACCACCGACGAAGAGAACGACAUAGAUCUAGAAGAGACCACCGAUCCAUCCAUGGACUCAACACGAGGCGAGAACGAAAAUGGUAAUACUGUCGUGUACAGGUUGCACGAAGAGAUUGACAACCUGAAUUUGGUGCUUGACCAUUUGGAGCGCAAAAAUGGGGACAUUUAUUCGCGAAUCGAACAGUUGCUGGCAUCUUUCCAAAAUAAUGAGACCGAAGAAGAAUAA